UGAGCGGCGCCGCUGGUGUCAGAGCCCGGUGAGCGCUGGCAGUUCCGCGCUGGGGAUGCUGAGCAGCGCCGGCUCCGUGAGCCGCGCCGGCCACUGCGGACUUCCGAGGCACUCAGGGCCCUGACGAACCCUGCGCCGCGGCCGACCCAGGGCCUCCGGGGUCCCCAACUGCAAGAAGAAGUGUCCAGCACGACAGCCGCGGCUCUCAGCGUCCCAAGCGUCCUGCAAACCCGAGAGACACCCCACGGUUUUCCAGCGACCCCGAGCCCCGGGCUUCCUGCCCGCGCCGGUCCCAGCCCCCUUCGCCCCCCUCGGGUGCCCCGGGUCGCUGACCAGCCAGCCGCGCCUGGGUUCUGGCGCACACCAUGAUCGUGGCGGACUCCGAGUGCCGCGCCGAGCUCAAGGGCUACCUGCCGUUCGCCAGGGGCGGCGUCGGCGGCCCGCAGACAGCGGAGGAGCAGAGGAAUGUCCCGAUUCGGCGAGGCCCUCGAGGGCCCAGUGCCUUCAUCCCAGUAGAGGAGGUCCUUCGGGAAGGGGCUGAGAGCCUGGAGCAGCACCUGGGGCUGGAGGCUCUAAUGUCUUCAGGGCGAGUGGACAACCUGGCAGUGGUGAUGGGUCUGCACCCCGACUACCUUAGCAGCUUUUGGCGCCUGCAUUACCUGUUGCUGCACACGGAUGGGCCCCUGGCCAGCUCCUGGCGCCACUACAUUGCCAUCAUGGCUGCUGCCCGCCACCAGUGUUCUUACCUGGUGGGCUCCCACAUGGCUGAGUUCCUGCAGACUGGUGGUGACCCUGAAUGGCUGCUGGGCCUCCACCGGGCCCCCGAGAAGCUGCGCAAACUCAGCGAGAUUAAUAAGUUACUGGCACAUCGACCUUGGCUCAUCACCAAGGAUCAUAUCCAGGCCUUAUUGAAGACUGGUGAGCACAGCUGGUCCCUGGCUGAGCUCAUCCAAGCACUGGUCCUGCUCAGCCACUGCCACUCGCUGUCCUCCUUCGUGUUUGGCUGUGGAAUCCUUCCUGAGGGAGAUGCAGAGGGCAACCCUGCUCCCCAGGCACCCUCACCCCCUAGUGAACAAGGCAGCCCCCCCAGUGGAGACCCAUUGAACAACUCUGGGGGCUUUGAAGCAGCCCGGGACGUGGAAGCUCUGAUGGAACGCAUGAGACAGCUGCAGGAGAGUCUGCUUCGGGAUGAGGGAGCAUCCCAGGAGGAGAUGGAGAACCGCUUUGAGCUGGAGAAGUCAGAGAGCCUUCUGGUGACCCCAUCAGCGGACAUCCUGGAGCCCUCUCCACGCCCAGACAUGCUCUGCUUUGUGGAGGAUCCCACUUUUGGAUAUGAAGAUUUCACACGGCGAGGAGCACAGGCACCCCCUACCUUCCGUGCCCAGGAUUAUACCUGGGAAGACCAUGGCUACUCGCUGAUUCAGCGGCUCUACCCUGAGGGAGGACAGCUGCUGGACGAGAAGUUCCAGGCAGCCUACAGCCUCACCUACAACACCAUCGCCAUGCAUAGUGGUGUGGACACCUCCAUGCUCCGCAGGGCUAUCUGGAACUACAUCCACUGUGUCUUUGGUAUCAGAUACGAUGACUACGAUUACGGGGAGGUAAACCAGCUCCUGGAGCGGAAUCUCAAGGUCUAUAUCAAGACGGUGGCCUGCUACCCAGAGAAGACUACCCGAAGAAUGUACAACCUCUUCUGGAGGCACUUCCGCCACUCAGAGAAGGUUCAUGUGAACUUGCUGCUCCUCGAGGCCCGCAUGCAAGCCGCCCUGCUCUACGCCCUCCGUGCCAUCACCCGGUACAUGACCUGACUCACUCCCAGGCAGGACCAGCACCCAGAGCAGCUCACCCUGGGGCACUGUUCUCUGCGAGGACUUCUAUGACUUGAGACAGAUCCAGGACCUUUCUGUCUCAUGCCCAUCCUAGGGGGACAUGUGUGUGAUGUGCAGCCCCCAAGCUGAGCUACACUCUCCUUUUUCUCACUGGAAUGGACAGGAUCACUGCACUGAUUCUGGGGUCUCAGCUCUGCCCCUGGAGCUGGAAGAGGACUAGGAAAGCCCAAGGGGUCAUGCCCCUCUUCCUGCCCCUAGAAGCAGAGAAAGGAAGGGUUAAUGGGCUGAGCUCAGACUUACAUGCCAGCAGGCUAGGCUAUAGGUACAAGUACUAGGGCCUUCCUGCACUGGGAGGCCCCUGGCUGGCCCCUGUGGGAGAGGCAAAGACCUCCAGGGACUUAACACUCCAAGGAGCUUGCCUUCCUUCCCACCUCAUCUGAUUUCAUUACCUCCCACCUGUUCUUCACCCAUCAAUGUGAAAGUUGGGGUCACAGCUGGUCUGUGUGCCACGUUCCCCCAAAGCCCAUUCUUUUGGACAGCCUGUUCCCUGUUUGCCUGAAUUCUGGUUCAGUUCUUUUUUUCUCCUUUGACCUCAUACCCUUUUCUCCCAUGCCCAGUGGUGUGAGGCCUAGGAGAGGAACGAAACACAUCCAAAGAGCACACUGUCUCUGGAGAGUUGGAGCCCAUGUUGGCUGCUCUGCCUUCUGAAGAGGGAAUAGGCGAUAAUGAACUCUGCAUUUGGGUCCCUUAUGGAUAAGGUCUGACCUCUUAAGGGCCUCACCAUAGAGCCACAGUCAAGACCUGGGAGGGAGGAUGAGGUUUUAUUCUAGACACUGUCACCAUGUCCUCCUGACCCCAUGAGCUAUGCUGAGAAAGCUUGCCAAAAAUUGAUUCUUUUGAAGUAGCACCGGGGCCCAAAGUAAGAGGCAGAUACCAAGGUUCUCAUGACCGUAUUGCUACACCUCUUUGACCCCACAGUUGUAGACUGAGGGGUUGGCUUAAGUUUCCCAAGACUUGAUGCGAUGUCCUAGGCUCUCAGGCCAAACCACCACCAACAAGCUGAUUUUCUUGCAAGAUCUUGAAAGCCUCUGGAGACCUUUAUUCUAUAGUCAGCCUCUCCUGGCUGCCUUCCAAGGGACACCACCCCCAUCUCAAUGUCCCACCUGUCCCCUUCUCUGGAUUUUUGAUGGAUUACUUGGUGGCAGAAGCAGCCAACGACUGAUCCCAGGCACUUUGCAUAGCAAACAACUGUGAAUUCUGACUUCUCUUGUCCCUCUUAACAGUAGGUGCCUCUUCUCGACUAGUUCAGAGGUGCCCGAGAAAGGCAUGGGCUGUGCUGUUGCUAUUUCUGACCCUCCUCCCUUGGGUCAGGUGGACAGGAGCCUGGCCACAGUGCACAUUUCAGACCGUGCAGGCACGGGAAGCCACUAGCAUCCCCUCCAGGCUUGAAAGCCUUCUCUGCAAAGAAGGUGGGCAGGAGGGGAGGGGGCCCCAGCAUGGGGGUUAAGUUCUAGAGGGGACAUGAUUCUGUAACUGUCCCUUGUGUGGGUGGGAAGGGGUAUCCAGUGUUAAAGUGCAGAAAUCUUUGGCCUUGUGACCAGUUCUAGGUGAUGAGAAAUAAAAGUUACUGAGUUGUUUUGUA